CGGAGAUACUACGUCGAAUUACAAACGUUAACUGUGGGAUCAGUUAACUUUUUGUAUUAACAGUUUGUUUCAGGAACUUCCAGCUAAAAAAUGUUUCACUCGGAUAAAUCUACAAGCAGUCGCCAAUAUGAUGAAUCCACCAUUCGGUUGAUUCAACAAGAUAUCGUCAAAUCCGACUUGCAAGUGAAAGCUCUAGUGCAAGAUAUCCGAGAAUGUAAAGGACCGGUAGAGAUUCUCAAUACUCUGAACAUGCAAGUAUCGGAGGGCAUGAAAUCCAUGAAACAGGCUAUCGAGGAACUCGAACUUUUGGCUCGUGAACAAGACAAGGACAGUGAUAAACACAAUUUGCUUAAAGAUGUAGAGAAAUAUCAAAAACAAUAUGCAUCUAAUCAAUUUGCUUUGAGGAAAGCUAAUUUGGCUACUCAAGCUCUACUUGACAAGCAAACCAAGGAAGAAUUAUUUGAGAGGAGUACUACGGCACCUCGCAAGCGUGUCAGAGCAGAUAAGGAAAGUUUAUCCAAACAGUCAUCCAGCAUUACUGACAACCUGUUAUCAAUUAAAAACAUGAUGGCUACACAAGUAAAGCAAAGCGAGGAGUCUCUGCAUACCCUCAUAAGCUCCUCUGGAGUGGUCACUGAUACACGAGAGGAAUUCAAAACAAUGGGAAGCAUCAUUCAUCAGUCAAAAACAUUAUUGCAAAAAUAUGGAAGACGAGAAGUGACAGACAAAGUACUUAUUGUUCUUGCUGUGAUAUUCUUUCUUACUUGUGUAUUUUAUAUUGUACAAAAAAGGCUCUUUUAAACAAAUAUUUUGAAAUAUGGAUUAUUUAAAAAGGUUUUAAUACAUUCCUAAUCAAGCACAUUUGAACAAUGAAAGACCUUGUGAACUAUUUAUUUGCUGCUGAAUUUUUAUUUUAUUGAAUGAGACUGCUUGCUUUAAAACAUAUAAUUUAUUAGAAAAGUUUAUAAACAUAUAAUUUAAUGCAAUUUCUUCAAAAAUUGCAAUAAACGGCGAUUUUUUAUUUCCAUUUCAGAUCAUUCUAAAUAAUAAGGUGAAGGCUAUAAUGUAUGCUCUAUUUGUAAAAAGCUAUUUCAUCUUAUAUUAAUGCCUUUACUUCAACGAGAUUACCGACAAGCUUUGAAAAAUAUAUCUGCAUACUAUUAGAACCAAGUGGUUUGGGGUUGUAAAUAAAUCUAUUUAAUGAUUUAAAUUGAAAUUGUUGAAUUCCAAUUCAGAAGCAUACAGUUUAAAAAAUUACCCAAUAAGAUAUUAAUAAAAUACUCUAUUUUUUACAGUAUGAACAUCUCGCUUAUAUCAUGAUCUAAAUCGGUAAGAUAUUUUCUGAAUGUCCGGUAAUUUAUAAAAUAAUUAUUUAUUCACAUGUGCAAUUAAUUUACUUCAAUUAUUAUGAAGAGCUGCACGAUUUAAUGAAUAAAUUACAAAAUUUUUAUUUAUAUUUCAAAAUAAUUUUAUAUCUAAUUUAUUAUUACAAACCAUGAUUGAAUGAGUUUCAUGGAUUUUUAACAUAUUUAUUCUAUUAUGACUUAUGAUUUCAACUAAAAAUACAAAUUAUUAAUUAGAGUGAAAAAAAUUUUACAAUUAGUUUAAAGAUAAGGCUUCAUGAUGUUGAAAGAAAUUCUUUUAAAAUUUAUAAAGAGCCCAAGACAUAAAUUCAAAAUAAGUAAAAUUGUUAUCAGAUUAUUUUUUGUUAUUUCUUUAUCAAAGAUCCCAACAUUCAUAUUUGAAAUUUCUUGUCUUUUGUGUCCUACUAAAAGCGAAAUACGGAUCUAGCAAUUAAUUACAUUACAAAUUGAUUUUGACAAUCUUCUUCCAGGUAAUAUGAAAUAUAUUUUUUAAAUUUUUUUUCACUUGUUAUAAAUACUAUUUUGAAAAUAAGUAUUUUACCAAGUCAUUUAAUUAACCAAGC